AUUCAUAAUUCAGAAUUUAUACAUCGAGAUUUUCAUAGUGGAAACAUAUUAUCCAAUUUAUCAAAUGGAAAAAGACAUCAAUGGCAAAUUGGAGAUCUAGGAUUAUCACAACCUGUAAGUGCACAAUCAAACAAUGAAAUAUAUGGAGUGAUACCAUAUGUUGCACCAGAAAUAUUUAAAGGGUCUGCAUUUUCUAAAGAAUCUGAUAUUUACUGCAUGGGUAUGAUUAUGUGGGAACUUACAACGGGUUGUAAACCUUUUGCUAAUGUUGGGCAUGAUAUUAAUCUGAUUUAUAAAAUUCUUGAUGGAGAACGUCCCGAAAUUACAAAAGAUACACCUGAAUGUUACGCAAAAUUAAUGAAAAGAUGUUGGGAUUCUGAUCCCACAAAAAGACCACUUAUAACGGAAAUUCGUAAAACUUUUGGUAAAUGGUUUUUUAAAAAUAAAAGUAUAGGAAUAUUCAAACAAGCUGAAAUAAAAAGAAAAGAGUUAAUAAAAUUGAAGAAACUUGGUUUUAAGUUUAAUGGAAAAACUCAUCCAAGUGCUAUCUAUACAAGCAGAUCAUUAAAAUCUUUUAUUUCUAGUUGUUCAUCAAUUUUUUCAAAUUCAAAAGGUAUGCAAUAA